CUUGAGAAUAUGGCUAUUUACAAAGUUGCUCUCCUCCUUUUAUUUGGAAUGAUUCUUCUUGCGAGCGAUUUCGAACAUGCCAAGGCUUGCACAAAAGAAUGUGACACUCGAAUUGACUUUGGGAUUUGCCCACUUUUAGAAACUAAAAGAGUUGAAGGACUAUGCACCAACUGUUGUGCAGGUAAAAAAGGAUGUAAAUAUUUCAGUAAAGAUGGAACUUAUAUUUGUGACGGAGAAUCUGAAUGGGUAAGCGAGAAAAAUAAUAAUCUCAAAAAGGCUUGCACAAAAGAAUGUGACACUCGAAUUGACUUUGGGAUUUGCCCACUUUUAGAAACUAAAAGAGUUGAAGGACUAUGCACCAACUGUUGUGCAGGUAAAAAGGGAUGUAAAUAUUUCAGUAAAGAUGGAACUUAUAUUUGUGAUGGAGAAUCUGAAUGGGUAAGCGAGAAGGAUAAUAAUCUCGAGAAGGAUUGCACAAAAGAAUGUGAUACUAGAAUUGACUUUGGGAUUUGCCCACUUUUAGAAACUAAAAGAGUUAAAGGACUAUGCACUAACUGUUGUGCAGGUAAAAAGGGAUGUAAAUAUUUCAGCGCUGAUGGAACUUAUAUUUGUGACGGAGAAUCUGAAUGGGUAAGUGAGGGAGAAAAUGAUUUACAGAAAAGCAAUGUUGCUAUUUCUUAAUCUGCAAGUAUUCUAUGUAUGAAAUAAAAGCACAUUAAUUGCUACUGCUAUGUAAUAUGUAAGUAUGUAAUAGGGUUGUGGACCUUUACCACGGCUUGUGUUACUUUAAGUAUGUCUGUUAAAUAAAUGGAACACUAGUUUGUUCUAAGUUUUCGAUUUG